AUGAUGAGGAACCCGGACCAAUACUUGCACAACUUACAUAAUCUUCCACCCGAAACACAGAGUGUUAUCAGACAAUAUUGUCUGCGAAGGGUACAAGAGAAGCAGAGAAGUGUAAAUGCAGGAAAUGGUGAAGAAGUGGGUUCGACAGGGAGUCAAGUGGGCCGAGAUACCGGCGGAAAGGAACCACUCCAAAGCUUGAGACAAGAUCCUCAACAGGAGUUGCGCAAAGAAAUUGAGAAGAAAAAGCCAUUGAAAGAAGGGAAGCAAGACAAAAAUGCGAACGGGAAGGAUGGAAAACACGAGGGUAACAAGGACCGCAAUUGA